CCUAAGCCAACGAGAAGUUUUGUCGUGACGCCAAUUCAAGCCGAUUUCAAGUCAAGUGCAAAGUUUUAUUUCGUGAACAAAGCAGUGAAAAUGUCGAUGAUACCAAUUUUCUUUCGAAACUGGUGGGACGACGAGUGGGACCGUCCGUUGUGGAACUCGCGCCUGAUCGACCAACAUUUCGGAAGGGGAGUCACGGGCGACGAUCUACUAACCGCCCUGUCUCAUCCUUCGGGGCGUUACAUGCGUCCGUGGCACAGCUCCUGUGUGGCCAACAAUCGUGACACUGGCUCGACAGUGAAUGUAACCAACGAUAAGUUCCAAAUCAAUCUGGACGUGCAGCAUUUCGCUCCCGAGGAGAUCUCGGUCAAGUACGUGGACAAAUCCGUCAUCGUGGAGGGCAAGCACGAAGAGAAACAGGACGAUCACGGAUACAUUUCGCGCCAUUUCGUACGCCGCUACAUGUUGCCGGCCGGCCACAACGAGAGCGAUAUCGCUUCGUCACUCUCAUCGGAUGGCAUCCUGACCAUCAGCUGCCCGAGGAAAGCCAUCGAACAGAAACCGGAAAAGAGCAUUCCCAUCACCCAGACAGGACAGCCACAGAAAGUAGCAGCUGAUAAAGGAACGAAAUAAAGUUUGAAGACGUUCAUUUGAAAAUUUAUGGAACUACAAACCUAUAUUGUAACUGUA